AUGUCCAUUCUGACUGACGAAGUCGCAUCGACAUAUAGCACCAAAGAUAUCCCGUACACAAUGAAGUCCACUGCGUCGCUGAUUUCGUCGGUCACGAUGGGGAUCUUGAUCCUGCUCGUGCAGCAGACGACUGCACUUCCCCAGGGUAUCACCUACUCUGGCAGCAACAACGGUGGAUUUAAUGCCGGUAACGCUGGAUCCACCUUUGGAGGCGGCGCUUCAAACUUUGGUAACAACGGUGGAUCAGCCUUUAACGGGGGAUUUAACGCCGGAACCUCCAACAGUGGGUCUGGCGGCUUCAAUUUCGGGAGUGGGGGUUCAUUCACUUUCGGAUCGGGAAACAACAUUGGAUCUCGUCCUUGA